UCUUUCCCAAUUGUUUCCCUUUUCUCACUUUCAAUCUCACCUGAAGAUGAGCAGAAGGGCUGCUGUAUCUGCAAUCGAUCUCGUUCAUGGAAGAGGAUUUCUCAAUCGAUGGUCUCGUAAAACGGGUAUUCUCUCUCCUCCAUUCUCUCUCUUCUCUUCCAAGGCUUUUCAACCUAAGCGGCGCACAAUAGAUUUCAGUAUUGUUAAAGAAUUAGAUGAUGCUAUUAAAUUGUUUGGAGAAAUGAAGAGUAUGCGGCCUCAGCCUUCUAUUCUAGUGUACAACAAUCUUAUGAGUGUCUGUGUAAAGAUUGAGCAGUAUUCUUUUGCCCUCAAUGUGUUUGAUGAAAUGCUUCAGAUGGGAUUCCCUGUUAAUAUUUACACUAUGAAUAUUGCGGUUAACUGUUGCUGUCACUUGAAAGAUAUAAACUCUGGUUUUGCUAUAAUGGCCUUCUUUUUUAAGAGUGGUUUCGAACCAAAUGCUGCGACAAUCAGCCCUCUCAUUAAAGGGUUCUUUUUAGAGGGUAAGGAGGCAGAAUCUGUGAAAUUAUUCCAAAAGGUUCUGGAUUUAAAAUUUUGUGAGCCUGAUCAGGUUAUGAUUCUGCACUUGAUAGAUGGGUUAUGCAAAACUGGGCAGGUCAUUGUGGCUUAUGAUUGGGUUCAUAGAUUAGAAAGUUGUGGGUGGAGACCCAACGUUUGGGCUUAUAGCACAUUAAUUGAUGGGUUCUGCAAGGGUGGAAAUGUGGAUGACGCUUUGCGACUUCUUCCUAAGAUGAACAGCAAGGGUAUUUUACCCAAUGUGGUCACGUAUAAUGCACUUAUUGAUGGAUUUUGUUUGAAAGGUGAAGUAGAUAAAGCAAAACAGUUAUUAGAUUCCAUGGUAGAGAUGGACCUGAAACCUGAUAUUGUAAGUUUUAGCAGUUUACUAAAUGGAUACUGUAAGAAGGGGCUUGUGGAUGAAGCUCGACUUGUUUUUCAUGAAAUUUCCUCUAAAGGCUUGCUGCAUAAUGUGUUUACUUAUAAUACCAUGCUACACGGAUUGUUUAGUGCAAAUAAAUUUGGCGAGGGCUGGAAACUUUUUGAGGAUAUGGAAGAUCAACAAGUGUGUUUUCCUGACUUGCAUACUUAUAAUAUAUUGUUGGAUGUGUUGUGUAGCAAUGGAGAGAUGGAUAAGGCUGUUUCAUUGUUGCGUGUGAUUGAAGAUAAUGGAUUUACCCCUAAUAUUGUUAGCUACAACAGCUUAUUAAAUGGAUAUUGCAAGAUGGGAAGCGUGGAUGAAGCUUGGCUCCUUUUUCUUGAAAUUCCCAAUAAAGGUUUGGUGCUAGAUAACCGUAUUUAUAAUACCAUGAUACACGGAUUAUUUAGUAAAUAUAGAUUUGUUGAGGGCUGGAAACUUUUCAAGGAUAUGGAAGCCCAACAAGUAUGUUGUCCUAACUUGCAUACUUAUAAUAUAUUGUUGGAUGGGCUGUGUAAUAUUGGGAAGAUUGAUGAGGCUCUUUUGUUGCUGCACAAGAUUGAAGAUAAAGGAUUUACCUCUGAUAUUGUUACUUACAAUAGCUUAUUGAAAGGAUAUUGCAAAAAGGGAAGUGUGGAUGAAGCUUGGCUUCUUUUUCUUGAAAUUCCAAAUAAAGGCUUGGUACGAGAUAACCAUACUUAUAAUACCAUGAUACACGGAUUAUUUAGUAUGGGUCGAUUUUCCGAGGGCUGGAAACUUUUUGAGGAUAUGGAAGACCAACAAGUGUGUCCUGACUUGUGUACUUACAAUAUAUUGCUGUAUGGGCUGUGUAGGAAUGGGGAGAUUGAUGAAGUAAAACAUUUUCUAUUAGAGAUGGAGAAUCGUGGUUGUGGGCCUAAUCAAGUAACAUACGAUGUCAUCACCGGGACUCUGCUAAAACAAAAUGAGGUUGACAAGGCAAGAUCAUUCAUAGAAGAAAUGCAUGAGAAGGGAUUCUCAGCUGAUUCUGCAACUUCUUCGAUGCCAAGUGGAGAUGAUUUUUUCCUCAAAUUGAUGAAGGACCUUACGCCCAAGGAAAUUGUAUCCUAGUCCUUAUCAAGUGAAGUUCAUGUUAUGUUUAUUUCCACGCAUGCUUCGUUGUUUCUAGUGCAGGGUGAGGAUCGAUGCAGCCCAAGAGGUUUAUGUCUCGGAGCUUCAAGCCAGAUUCAAUUUUUUGUAUGCUUGUGACGUAUGAAUUCCUUAAUGCUGCUGCGUGAAUGUGAUGCAAUUGAACAUGCUAAUAUUGUCAGAGUAUAUUUGUUUUCAAAACUUGUUAUAUUUGGAUGAGCUAAACGGUUAGUUGUUGAGGAUUCUAUCUGCAUUUCUCUGUAUUUUGGUAACUGAGAAUUCAUUCUCAUUUUGUGCUUUUACUUGACUCUCUGGAUCUGUCAAA